AGAUACUCAUGUUGUUAGAUUCAAGUAAAGAUAUUGUCCAGGAAAGUACAUUACUGAUAAUUCACCGUCUGAGCAAAGUUUUCAUGAAUGCCAAGCAGUUUCUAUUGCACGGUGGUCUAGAUGACUUGAUCUACUUAAUGUUGAUGGGAUCGACUGAGCAAGUGCAGUUACAAGCUGUUCGUUGCAUCGAUAAGCUUACGGAGCGGGAAGAACUUGCUGAAUUAUGGAUGCAGACGAUGGUGAUAUCUGGUACAGAGGCUCUCUUUGAUGUUCUGUCGUCCGAGGAGGUUACGUCCGAAGAUCUUCGCAACGCGGCUCUCAAAGCCAUUGCUAAUAUCGGUAGCAAUCAAAAGAUGGCGGCCAGGUUGCUUGAGUUCGGAUUAGAAAAAGUUGUUCAGCUGAUCUGCUGUGAGAAUGAGAAAUACGAGCCUAGAAUAUCGCCUGCGUCACAGAGAUUGGUUUUACAAGCGUUGACAAAUAUUGUUUCUCAUAAUUGCUCGAUGGCUGAGCAAUUUCUCGAGAAAUAUAAUGACGUUGUGGAGGGAAUUCUUAGAAUAUUACAGUAUUCUGAAUGUCCACAGCAGCAGGAAGCCGCACGUUUCUUAGCAACCAUUACACUAUUCAAGCCAUCUAUUGACUCCAUCAUUUCKCAUUAUGCAACUCAUCACCUUAUAUGGGCAAUGACCUGUUCGCAUUGUAGAAUAGUGCGUGAAUACUCAAGCAAAGCAUUUAAGAAUAUAGCUCUCUGUAACGACAAGGACAAGCUAUUGAAUGCGCUGAGCCAACUAUCAAUGCCAMAAAGCAGUCAGUCUKAUAACGAUAGCCUUAGCACAGAAUCUAUGCUUGAAAUACUGUCCAACUCGACCGAACAAAAUAACAUGGCUAAAGUCAUCAACACUGUCAAGAACCAGAUUUCAUGCACRGCRCUGGAGAAAGUUAUGGUCGARGUCUUUUCGGUUGUUUGCGUUUGUUUUCAAACGGACUCUAUCCAUUUGAGUGGAAAAACAAGAACGUUUAGGAAUGGCUUAGAUACAAGACAAAGAAGUAACGAUAGUUUCACGAAUGAGAGUUAUUUGAGCAGUUUAAGAGUAUUGUGUAAUAUUCUGGUUGCUAUUCAGAAGCUUAUUUGUUUGAAAGAUGCAGAAGAAGCUUGYUCAGCGGAGRCUGGUGGAAAUCUAAAAUUGGCAUCCCUUUAUGUCCAAUGUGGAGGCCUCCAGUUUAUUGAACAGCUGGCAUUCCUCAGUACCAAGCUCCAAACGGUCAACCUUCCGUCUUUCCACUCAAUUGACCCRACAAUUCUACCUCCAAAAGAACUGAUAWCGACCUUGAAAUCAUCCAGGACAGAGCUUAUAUUCCAMCAUAAUAAACCUCAAAAUARGACAUYUAWAGACACUGAUUUUGGCUUCMAYCMAUGUGAAAUUCAGUUCCUUCAGCAAGCUUUAAGCUUACUGGUUGUUUUGGGGCAAGCUAUUUCUCCAGACUUUGAUCCAGCUUUAGAAGACUUAAAGGUUUUUUCGUAUAGAAGACAAGUCAUUGGGAGAAAGAAGAUUUCGUUUCGUACGUCUGCUCUUAUGGUUCAAAGUGUAGUUAAGAUAGGGAAAUUGUCUUCACAUAUAAGUGGAAUUGAGGAGAAAUCGGUUAGCUCCAAAAGAAAAUCAUCGUCUGCAGUCAGGAAGUCAAGUCAGAGAUCGACAACGAGAACAAAGAGUCCAGAUACUACGAAAAACAGACCUUCGAAGGGAGAGUUGACCGCGCCACCCAUAAUCAAUGUAUUGAAGGUACUACGUUACCUAAUGCACAUUGGUGAAGUUCGAAACCAACCCACURAUACCCAGAYCYCUGGWAAUGAGCCCCAAGAAGCCUGGGCACCAAAAAGGUCAACAGCMCAGCCRAMUCCGACWGGWCAGCGUUCUCCUUYCGUAAACCCRGUAGUCAAAUCGAAAAACAAAUUACCAUAUCUAGGUCACCUGUGUGUGCGUCACGUGAUUCAGUACUGUGGGCCUUAUCUGUUGGACUUACUAAAGCCACCUAUCAAGGGAGGGCUGGGGAGAAUGUCGCUGAUGGUUAUUCAGGAAUGCGUUUCAAAUGGAGAGGCUGACAGUCGAUUCAAGCUAGCGAAACUUGGUUCUUUUGCGCAAAUAAUUGAAUGCAUUCGUGGGACCGAAGAUGAAGCCGAUACACAGAGCCUUUGCCUUGUAGUUCUAAGGAAACUGGUAUCUAGUGACCAGUCCCUAAAGCAGCUGUUUUUUGCCCAUGGAGGCAUGAGCCUAGUCAUGGCUUUACAUGAAUAUCAAUAUGGAGUUGUAAAAGAGCAAGCGGCUUUGACUUUAACUGCUUUAUCUAAAGGCUCAACGUUUGCAAAGACCAAAGGUCUGUCAAAGAAACGUCAUAAGAAGACGUCAUCUGCUGACGACAUCUGGGAUCAUGUGACCCACAAGUGGGAAGGCCAAGACAAAGUCUCGAAAGUGUUGAGGAAGUUUAACGUGAGAUAUUGACUCGUUGGCUUGAAAGUAAAUUGAAAUUUUAAUGUUAUGGAAAUAAUAUAUUUUUUAAGAAAACUAUCUUCACAUCCUUUUGAAUUCAGGUUUAAUAUUUCAAGCUAUUUUAAUAAAUAAUUAUGAUAUUAUAUUUAAUAUUUAAUUAUUUGAUCAGUUUAAUAAGAUAAUCUUAUUUUUGACAGGAAUUAGUUCAAUGAUUUCAUGUAAAUAAUGAUCAAAUAUAAAGGAAUUGAGUUCGUAAUAUACUGAUGAAAGAAUGUUGCUUUUAUGCAGACGGAAUUCAUACUCUAUGUCCAUAUUUAUUCUUUAAUACGAUAUCUAAYUUUAUUGUUUUUGUAUACAAAUUGUACGUUAUAUGGCAAAUCUGUUAACUGUAUUCCCUUGCAGCAAAUAACCCUCCAUUCCAAGGUGCCUCUAUGUGACGUGUCCAAGCUUUAUGCCGUUCCUUUGCGGAUAAUAAAGUAACUUUAGUCAACAGACAAAGGUCAAGUGUUCAUCUUAUUAGUUUUUAAUCAGCUGAUUAAAUUGGAUCACGAAAUUGUCCUUGCGAAAAGCUUUUCCAAUUGAUAAAACGCGUCCGGGAAAUCAAAUACAAAGAGCGCAAAGGUAUUUUUCUAGCACCAAGCAAAGAUAUUCUUUUGGCGUCACGUUCAUAAAAUUUUGGCACAAAAUCGUGGUUUUGAUAUAACUUGAUAACUUGAUUGAUAACGCCCUACACUCAUAUGUUGAGGAUUUCAGUGUUAUGAUCUCUCGUUCUUUAGUGUCUACCGCCGUGUUUCAUAGGAACGAGACAGUCAUGCUUUGCAUUCUCGGAUAUAAAUCUAAUUCACUUAAAGAUGUGCAAGCAUAAAUAAGAAACCCUUUGAUUUAUGGCUCUCACUUACGUAUAAGUCGAUUAGUUUUAMAUUUUCUCRAAAUGGUGGAAACUAGCGGUAAACUAGUGUGAGCGGCUUCGGUGUUUCUAAAGAAACAGUUGCGCAAAACGAUAUUUUAACACUGCAAAAAUGUAGGAGAAACAACUUACUGACUUUUCGGACGUUAUUCUUUCGGCAGAGUUAUAUUUUCUCAAUCAAUUGUGCAUGUUGCGGACGCCAAUGUUUUGAAUUUAAAGUUAUAUUCCAAAAGAUGGCCAGGAAAAAAGAGGGAAAAGCGAUAAGAGUACCUUGAGAUUACUGCUUUGAGUGUUCCUGUUUUGAUUGUGUCAGUAUUGCCCGGCAUUUAAAAAGCAUAAUAUGAGUGCUCAUAUUUUUCAAAUUUGUUUAGCUGUAAACGGCUAUAACUGAUACCUGGCUUCUUCAUGCGGGUUCACUCAUGUUUUCGCUAUUCUCAUCGAAUUGCUUCGCUUAUCUUAGAAACAUCUGCUCAAUCAUGGUUUUUCAUUUUUGAAAUGUAUCUAUGGCACCCACUUUAAUAAGCAAGGACAUAACCUUUGCUGCUUUUGGCUGAUUUGUUAGCUAGCACGUCUAUUUCCAUAAAUCCUGCCGCCUGCAGGUCAAAAGUCGUUCGUCUACGUGUAAGAGUACGACACUACCCAGACAUCCUAACUUUUAUAAUCUGGAGUCGAUGUAAACAUUUCAGUCUAUAGCCGUGGGCAGUUUCGCUUGUUAAUCCAUCUUGUAAGGAUUACUGUUGAAAAGCGCAUUGGAAAAAAGUUUUGAUAAGCUUUGGUGAGCAAACCAUCUAUACAUGUAGCCGGGGCAAAAUCUUCCACAAUCAUUGAUCAAGCUCAACUUCAGAGCAGCAAAAGGAGGUGAUCGGUAGAACUGAUAUACUGUAUUCAGACGUUGAACUCAAGCUCAAAUUCGCACUAUGGUUGACGCGCUUCCAAGAAGAAGGGCUAUUUCAAAAAUAACGAAGCAUCAUAGUGAUCUWACUGGUGGCCCAUCUUUGGUGGGAUCUUUCUUGAGGGAAGAACGAAUACUCWCCAGGAAGAUCAAGAGAAUAGACGCCGAAAAGAACCAUCUGAUCUCUCAUCUGGAAAAUGAAAUUGGAUAUUUUCGCAAAGCAUGCAGUCAUAAAAUGUUUGAGAUUUCGGAGGAUGAUUUUGAGAYGUCUUUAAUUUCUGAGGAUGGAAGYAAUAUUUCCAAUUUGAARGAGAUUUUGUGUGWAGAUCAUGAUCCAUUGAACAGCUCUCAGAAAGCUGAUAUCAAAGCAUAUGCYGGCAAAAAGAGUGAUAAGAUCGAUGUUCCUUUAAGACCUCGCAGGAAAGCAUUUUAUCAUGUUCAAGGAGAUUCUCAAGAAGAUUGCAAUGGGUCUCCUACCAAUUCACAUGACUUUCACCUAAAGUUAAGUCCUUCUCAACUUCAUCGUCACCAGUUGCAAAGRCAYUACAAAUAUGGAGGRCAACAUMAAUUUGYAGCUGUUUCGCCUCAAGGAAAGGACAAAAAUCCAUAUCAUCACUUUGCUCCAAAGGAGUCUGACGAGCAUAGAAACCAUUGCCAUCGUUCGUGCGGCGCAGACAAUGAAAUUCGUAAGAAAUCAUCCCCAACACCAACCUUACGAAGCUCAAUAAGGMAUAGUGGACAAAGAAGUGCCAAUCAUGUAAGAAAGGAACUACAAAGCCAAGAGAUUGAUAUUGACAUUAACGAUCUGGCAACGAAAAGCCGCAAUUCACCGAUUUUUGUCCGAAAAUCAUUCCCAUGUCAUUCUAACGAAUCAAAUGCCCUUCCAAGUACCACCUCGGAGUCAUUGCUAUUGCAUCAUCAUCACACUCUCCAUUUUGGACUGGAUUUUUUACCCAUUARGAAUAACACUUCAUAUCCAAAGGAAAAUGGGAAUUUGAAUCCAAUGCUGUUUCAUCCUAGCUUUAAUAACAUGAUGGAGAUUCCUGAUGAGGAUCAAAACAGUUUUCAAGUUUUAAAAAAGUGUCGUUAUUUGCGAAUUCCGCUCAAGCWUCUUWCUCCUGAAACUGAGAGUCUCGUUGACUAGAAAAACAUAUGAACCUUUGUCGAUGAUUCACAUGCUUUUAAUUGGACACAUUACGAUAGGUAAARCUAAAGUCCAUGAUGGAUAUGUGACUUUUUUCUUGCAUGUAAACUGUUAAUAUUUGAAAACAAAUAAUAACGUUAUAUACA